AUGCUGAAGCAAGCAAAGCCCAAGACUGCGCGCGCCAAGCGCGAAAUGAAAAAGCGCGAGCCGCAACAGCACGAGAACCCCAAGACCACGCUCUUUGUAUCUGGCCAAAAGACGUCUCAGAUCCUCAAGCUCGCCGUCGCCGACCUCUGUACCUUGAAGCGCCCUAUGGCCGAGCGCUUCACCAAGAAGAACGACAUCCACCCGUUCGAAGAUGCCUCGUCGCUCGAGUUCUUCUCCCAGAAGAACGACACCUCGCUCCUUGUGCUGUCGCUGCACUCGAAGAAGCGCCCACACUGCAUAACGCUAGCUCGCACCUUCUCGUACAAGAUGCUCGACAUGAUUGAGCUGUACCUCAACCCGGAGACGUUCCGCACGCUGCAGCAGUUCAAGAACAAGAAGCCCUCGAUUGGCCUCAAGCCCAUGCUCAGUUUCCACGGCACCGUCUUCGAAGACCCCAACCAGACCAAAUACACGUUGUUCAAGAGCCUGUUCAUCGACUUCUUCAAGGGCCACGACACAAACGAAAUCGACGUCGAAGGCCUGCAGUACAUUGUCUCGGUUGCGGCCGAAGAACCCACCGACGAGCUGCCCAACCCGCAAGUACACCUGCGCUUCUAUCUCCUGCGCACAAAGCGCUCGGGCCAGAAGCUGCCGCGCAUCGAAGUCGAGGAAAUGGGGCCCCGCAUGGACUUUACCCUCGGCCGCGAAAUGUUCCCCGACCCAGACAUGCUCAAGCAGGCGCUCAAGACACCAAAGGGCAACGAGGCCCGCACCAAGAAGAACAUUGACAUGAACUCGAUGGGUGACAAGACGGCCAAGGUCCACGUCGGCAAGCAGGACUUUGGCAACCUGCAGACGAGGAAGAUGAAGGGUCUCAAGCGCGGUCGUAACGAAAGCGACGAUGACGAGGAGGUUGGUGUCGAGGAUAGUGAGAGCGAGGACGAAGAAGAGGAGAAGACGCCCAAGAAGGUAAAGGUAUAA